CGGCGCAGUUUUAGUACGUCACGUGGUUGCGCGCUGGGUGUCUGCCUUGUUGAUACUUUUGCAGGACUUCUCGUCUUAAAAUAUUGAAAAUAAGGUUACUUCUCACUUAAUGCAGGUUUGAGUAUAUGAAAAGUUGAAAAUAUUGAAAAGUCAUCAAAAGGCAGUAAGAUGUGGAUACUGUCAGCCCUGGAGUGUGGAGGCGAGACACACUAUCUCCUCUCGAGUAAAGAGUAUGUCGUCGGACGCAAGAACUGUGAAAUCCUACUCCCCAACGACCAGUCCAUCAGCCGGGCUCACGCUUAUCUUACAGCCACUGACCAGACCCUGACUCUCAAAGACACCUCCAAGUACGGUUCAUUUGUGAACGGCCAGCGCGUGACAGAGAACACAACAGUGAACCUGACGUCAGGAGACUAUGUUACAUUUGGGGUGUUUCACAGCAAAUUCAGUGUGGACCAUCAGAAGCCCGUGGUGUGUUCCUCAUGUUUGGACAGUGAUGGCAAGAUGACGCUCUCUCAGGCCCUGGUGGCUCUGGGUGGAAAGCUUGUCAACACCUGGACGCAAGACUGCACCCACCUGGCCAUGCCCUCUGCUAAAGUCACCAUCAAGACCAUAUCUGCACUGCUGUGCUGUCGUCCCAUCGUGAAGCCAGAGUUCUUCUCAGAGCUCAGCAGAGCCGUUCAGCAGAAAUUGUCCCCUCCUAAAUCUGAGAGUUUCAUCCCUGAGAUCGAUGAGCCCAGCCUGAGUAAGGAGGAUGUUAACCUUGGAGUGAUUCCAUUUCGCAAACAGCUUUUCACCGGAAAGACCUUCAUAUUCCUCAGUGCCAAACAACUCAAGCGCCUGAGUGCAGCUGUGACUUUUGGAGGUGGACGGAGCCAGUUGUUGGAGGUGGGCUCUCUGCCCCGGAGCCUCCUGGAGAGUCCUCAGAGCUGUGUAAUGGAUGUUGCCUCAGGCAGCUCCCAGCCUCUGCUUCCUACUUCUGCUGCAGACUGGGCAAACUCUGCAAAGGACAUUGUUCAAAGAAAAGGCCUUAGAGUCAUCACAGAGUCUGAAAUCGGUUUGGCUGCCAUCUAUGCUUCCUGUGAAAAGUACUGCAAUCCAUCCUGUCUGACACCCAACUCAGAGUCAGCACCCAAAGUGCAACCCAGAAUCCCGAGUGCUUCGCUGUCUCAGAGCAUGGCGGUGGAGGAGACUGUGUUGCCUGCAGCAUCUCAGAACAUCACAGCUUAUGCAGCCAACACAGAGACAUCCCAAAGGACAGAGGUUUUUAAAGGAACAGAGCUGAUGUCAGUAGGUGAGACUCCUGAGAGGAAGCAACACCAGAACAGCAGUCAGCUCCGUGGAUCCAAACCCGCAGCUCAGAAGACCACCACUGAGUGCAUCGUGGCGGAUACAAUGAGCUCGUCGUUCAACACUGUAGACAACACGGCCUCAGAGAGGAAGAAGCCUGAGAACAAACCUAGAGUUUCAGGUGCAGGCAGUAGUGCCGCUUGGUCCCGGUCUUCACUUCCCAGGACCGAUGGUGGCAUAAAGACAUUCUCACAGAAGCCAUCUCCUCAAAAAUUAAACGUCUCUGCACAAGCUUCCCCACAGAAACAAUCAAGUCUGACCAGUUUCUUUCAAACAAUCAACAAAAAAAGGCCUUUGGAGGACGAGCUCUCUGCUUCCAUGUCGGAGCCAAAGCGUCCUCUACUAGAAUCAUCCAUCAACAUACAGCCAGCAAACACUUCAUCCACAUCUAAAGAAACAUCUUCCCGUUCAGACAGAGUCCCUGCAGCAACAUCCCAGACUCCACUGGGGUCAGCAAGUGAUCUCUUUGUAGGACGCUCAGGGGCUCAGUCGCAGAGGGUCUCAGACACUGUCCAGGAAGAGCCUCGGAAUAGGAAGAGGAAAGAGAUGGAAGCAGAGAUACCGAUGGACGAACUGGAGUUUCUUAUGUCGCAGGAUAUGGACUUCUUUGAUGAGCAACCCUCAGGGAAUCAAGGCCAGCAGCUAAAAGUGAGCAGCUCAACCAAACAACAACAAGGUUUAAAUAUUGUAGAGGCUUCGUCUUCAAGCAAGAGGCAGCGUGUCCAACCGGAAGAAAAUGGAAACAACCAGAGGCCAGAGGUGGGCCUGCAAAAAGAGUCAAGCUCCCAUAAGAACCUAAAAACUGAGCAGCAUGUUGUCUCCAUAAAGACUGAGCAGAUUCUACCUGUUGAAUACAAGACACCUAAUCAUGAGCUCAGCAAACCUCCAAAAGCGUCAUCUGCCAGUUCAAGUACACAAUUAAAGCCUUCUGAUGACGACUUACAAUUAUUCAUUGAGGAUAUAGAACCGCGCAAAGCAGGUAUUUUCCAGCCAAAAGAGAAAAAUAAGAAACCGGUUACAGUCAAACAGGAGGAGUCAAACAUUGAUGAAGCUCUUCCUAAAAAGUUGGUUUUAGUGGAGUUUAGAUCUCUGACUGUGAGCGCACCUACCAAAACAAAACCUCAGAGGAUUCAGAACAACAGCUGGGCAAAGAACUUCAAAAGUUUCCGCAAGAUCUGCAGGCCAGGUGAAGCGAGCGCAGCGGGCCACGUCAUCGGAGGCUCUGAUCUACUGGUUCACAACAGGGGCAAAAACACAGAUCUGGAUGAAUGGCUGAAAGAUGCAGCUGAGGAGGAGCGUUACAACAAACGGGACGAGAGUGUUGGAGAUGACCUCUUUAGGUACAACCCCAGCAAACUAAGCAGGAAAAGAUGAGGUGCUUCCAUCUUAACAUCCUACAGAGGGAAGUCAUUUAAAGGGCACAGGAAGUAUGUCGAACUCCAUCAACAAUAUAUAAAAAAGGACAAAGAUAAUUCAGUAGUUGAUUCCUGAUUUCUGGGUUUCAACUGUGACUGCGUCAUAAGAGAUACAAUGGAUCAAUGUUUGCCAAUGCUUGGUAUUGUAUGUCACUAAUUAUCAACCGACAGAGCAAUGUAAAAAAAACGUUCUUAUGUUCAGACAAUGUUUUUAAAGUUUUAUUUGUCCAAUAAUAAAAAAUGCGAUUUACAAACAUUAAAAACUCUUUAAUUGUACCAGAGCAUUUCAACUCUACAUGCUGAAAGCAGCUAUCCCUUAGUGUUAGCUAAACUAGCAAACUUAUGAUGGAUUCAAGUUGCUGUUGCUUAAACGAUCUCUGAUGAGCCUUCAGGCACUUUUACAGAUCUGAAAAACUGUGCUGUUGACUCCACUUCAUGCCAAAACAAUUAUGGCCUUUCUGUGCAGGUAGUCAAAGCCCACCUGUCUAUUCAUUUUCAAGGCAAGUGCCACAUAUGAGUUGAGUUUACUCUAUUUUUACUGCAGCAAGGAAAUGGGUAUCACAGUGCCAAAAGGAAGAAGGAGGCAGGCCUUAAAACAGUUAUUCACCCUAAAGUACAAUAGGGUCAUUUUCUAAUUACUUUGUUAAUAGAGCCUGCUUUCUAAUAUUCGUACAAAUCUGCCUUUAAAUGUUAAUUAUUUGGUUACAUACACAUUGCUUGGGGCAUUAAUCUUCAUUAAGCGAGAAUAUUGCUUAUAGAGAGUAUCGUCUAACCUUGAUUAUGUUACUUACACAUUAACAGUAAUAAGAGUUAAUUCCACUUUAAGUGACCCUGUCCCCUCUGUCAUUAAAUGUACUCUUCUACGCAUGUCCACAUAGCACUGUCUUCUGCUCAGAGCAGCUGCUGCUAGGCAAUUGUUCAUGCCUGCAUGCAUAUAUUUAAUAUUCGUAUCAAAACAAUAGUCAGUGAAAAAGCAUUAAGGAAUAAAAUGCAAUAUUUAACAUGAGUAACAACAUUUUCAUUAGUUAACUGUUAUAUGAUUACCAAAGCAUUUUCCGUGUUAAACUACUAACUUUGUUAGUGGAAAAAGUAAUAAGACUACAGCAACAUGUGUAUUAGUAAUGCAAUAACCCCAACACUGACUGACUAACAUUUUGAAUUAAAAGGGUCGGACAAAAAAAUCAAAGUGUCCCAUCAAAACAAACAAACCAUGAGCAUGACCAUCACACACACCAAAAAAAAAAAUGCGUUCAAUAGGGCAUCACACUUUUGCAUUAUUCAAAUGACUUAAAGAAAGGAAAAGCUGUAAAUGUAGAAAAGAUUGCUACUGUCUCUGCUCAUAACCUCUAUAUUGUUUGACACAGAAAAUUGGCUGCUUGCUUUGAAGCUGAUUUAGAAAAAAUGGAAGAAGAUUUUUUUAUUUACAAACACGUAGAGUUGGACAGUAAACCAAAGUCGAUAUAAUAGUAAGAAAUUAAUUAGCCCUACAAGUCUUCCUUCUUAAAUCUAACCUGUAAUUUUGGAAAUGAACUGUGUUGUGUCUUUAUAAAUAUAUAUUUCCAGAAGUCUGAUUUUGCUAUUUCUAUGUUUUGUGGAGUAAAUAAAGUUGUUUUCCAUAUUUCAUAAAUUAUAGAAACAUAAUAUGACUACAUUGAUUCACUUCCAGUAAUUGACAAAUUAACAAAGUGUUGCCAUUGUGGUUUAGAUAAAUGUUUAGAAACA